AUUUUUAAUCCAUUAUGUGUUUAUAUAAUGUUUUAUAAUUUGAAUAACUAUGAUUAGAUGAGGUUCACAGUGACUGAGAAUGAGAUGUUAAGAGGAGUAAAAUAAAUAAAUAAGUGAUUUUAGUUCUUGUAAAAAGUAUAUAAAAGGAAAACUGAUUGUUUCAAUGGUAAAUUGAAAAAUGGUUGGAUGAAGAGCCAAGGCUUGAACAAUGUUGAUAGGCGUUGGAUUGUUAUUCUACAACUUGAGGUUGGCAUUGGUUUGAUUGUGAGUUAGGCUAUUUUGUGGUGUGAGGAGACGGAGAAGCCAUGUACAUGCAUAAUGGUUGAUGAAUGGUGAAGGUGUUUGUUUAGUUUAAUAUGGGCCGGCCAUCUAUCUUGUCCUAGUAUUAUUGUUUUUUUAGUACUUGGGAUUUUAAUAUUUUUUUUUUCUUUGUUUUCCGCAUUUUUAAAAACGAAUAAUACUACAAAAUAUAAGCAGUGUUUGUGUCUGUUUUCCUCCAAUCGGGAUAGUUAGAGCAAAACAGUAUGUAAAUUGUAUGUAAAUUAAUUUACUGGUGCAAAGGAGAUUGAGCUGCUGCUGCUUAAUUGUAUGUAAAUUGUAUGCAUUGGCUUUAUUUCAUGUCACCGCGGCUUGAGUGAGACCUGCAGAAAAGCGCCCGCCCUACCUAUAUAUAUUGGCAUUGAAUUUAAACUACAGUGGAUUGUUGUUGUAAUUUCACAGCAAGAAAAGCAAUUCAUUCUUACCAGAAAAAAAAAGAAAAAAAAAAAAGAAACACAGUAUGUGUCAAGUUGUCAACAAACACCCUCAUGUAUAAUAUCAGACCACCUAAAUUUAGUUUUCCCCUAAGCAGACCUACUAUAUAUAUAUAUAUAUACACGCACAAUGGGCGACUAGUAUUUGAGUGCAAUUGGGAUUCCCUGGGAUACAGUAAUCAAUAAUUCAUUCAUUCGACCAGGCAUUUUUAUUAUCCUUCUACGCUGUUUUGUUUUGUUGCUCUCUUUUAAACUUUUUAGAUUUUCUUGUGCCACAACAGUAGCAAUAGCAAGCAGCAGGGAUGAGAAGUGUGAUUUGUAUGUCAAAUAUCAUCCAUUUCUAACACAUGUUAAAAAGUGGGAGGACUAAAAUCUUUAUAGAUGAAGACCAUGCCUUUUCCUUAUGUUUACAUGCAUCAAGAUUAAUCGUUAAUCAUUGAAUGAGAAAUGGUCUUGUUUAACUAACUACUCAUGUUCUAACUAAUGCUGGACAGUUUCUUAUUAAUUAUGUUACUUUCAAAAUUGAAAAAGUACUCAUGAUGUACAAUUUUUAUCAUGACCUAACAAAAUAUCAAAUAUUUUACACAUUUUAUUAGGGUUAGUUUGUUCAUAAUUGAAAUAACUACAGUGUUGUGUUUUGUUGUGUGUGUAUAUAUAUGUAAAAACCUUAUUUAUGCAAAACAGUAUUUUGACUAUUUUCGAAGUAUUAUAUCUAACUACAUAAUGUAGAGCCUCACCUCAAAUUGUUGCGAGAGGCGGAGGCCCUAUGUUUUAGAUGCGUGUUUUUCACUAAUAUAGUACUCUAAUAAUAAUUCAAACGGUGUACGGAUGGAAUGAAAAAGGUCAGUUAGGAAAGGAGGAAUAGUAUUAAAGUGUGUUGGCAUUGGAUAAUAAUUUAUGAGAAGAAAGAGAACAUAUGAUUUUGACAUAUAAUGUAUACUUGAACAAGUGACCGCUGUAUAGACACAAUUUUCUAUUCCACUAGUAUGGUGCAUCUCACCCAAGAUCAAUUUAAAAAUGAGUCCAGUUUUCACCCAACGGAUUAAAACCCAAAUAUAUAUAUAUAUAUAUAUAUAAAUGCGAAAGUGGGGAGAAUCUUGUUAGGCCGUAUUCUCCUUUUCUUUGUUUCUGUAUGGGACGCUGUUUAGUCUUUUGGCUCUCACAAUCAGAAUGAGAGGUGAUGCUGCUUUUAUCCUUUGGAGUAAUGUUAGAGUCGCACCACAUUUAAAUUUCACUCUCUAAAAUUUGUUCUCUCACAAAAUAUUUUCCCUCCCCAAACAAAACACAUGAUCGGAUCGGAUCAAAAGACAAUGGAAAAAAGCAUCUCAUCAGAAAAGAAGAGGGUCCAGCUGUUCUUGGUUUGUUUGUGAAUUGUCAUAAAUACUGGUAUUGAUUCGAGACGCUACUGCGGCGGAAGCAGCUAGCCCCCACUCCCCUCUUCCUCAAGAAUACACCACCACCACCACCUGCCUGUCUCUCUGUCCUUGUCCUGCACUCCCUACUCCUUCCCUUUCUCUCUCUCUAAAACUAAACUAGCUGAAGAGGGAAAUCAAAUCAACUCAACGUCCCUUUCCCACUCAUAUUUAUUUCUCUUUCAUUUCUUGAGUUUUGUGAUUCAACCAUAAGCCCAUUUCAUUCAUCUGCUCUGCUUAUAUAUUCUCACAGCCGUUGGUUCAAUAUAAAUAUAAAUAUAUAUAUAUAAAAAAAAUGAUUACAGUCUCAGACGUUUACCAUGUUCUCACAGCCGUUGUUCCACUCUAUGUGGCCAUGAUCUUAGCCUAUGCUUCAGUGAAAUGGUGUAAAAUCUUCAGCCCUGACCAGUGUUUGGGCAUCAACCGAUUCGUCGCCCUCUUUGCUGUCCCUCUCCUUUCCUUUCACUUCAUCUCCACCAACAACCCCUAUACCAUGAACUACACCUUCAUUGCUGCUGACGCUCUUCAGAAAUUCAUAGUCCUUGUUGCUCUCGCCAUCUGCUCAAGAAUCAGCUCAACAACUUUUGCCACUCUUGAAUGGUCCAUCACACUCUUCUCUCUCUCUACACUUCCAAACACUCUUGUCAUGGGGAUCCCCUUGUUGAAAGGCAUGUAUGGUGACUUGUCUGGUGCCCUUAUGGUUCAAAUAGUAGUCCUCCAAUGCAUUAUAUGGUACACUCUGAUGUUGUUCAUGUUCGAGUACAGAGGAGCUAGGCUUCUCAUCGCUCAACAGUUCCCACACACUGCAUCCUCUAUCAUUUCAUUCACAGUUGACUCUGAUAUCUUGUCUUUGGAUGGUAAAGACCCAUUACAAACUGAGGCCCAGGUUGGUCAAGACGGAAAGCUUCAUGUCAUUCUCAGAAAAUCCACCAGUUCCCAAUCUGAUAUCUUUUCGCGGCCCUCCCACGGCCCUCAUUCUGUUGUUUCAUUGACACCCCGACCCUCCAAUUUGACCAAUGCUGAGAUUUACUCCGUGCAGACUUCUAGAAACCCCACCCCAAGGGGUUCCAGCUUUAACCACACCGAUUUCUAUUCUAUGGUCAACGGAAACAAUGCCAGUCCUAUUCCUAUUCCUAUUCCUAUUCAAUCCAAUUUGGGGAACUUGGGUUUUGAUGAGGAGAGUGCAAGUGGCGCUGUGGGGAACCAUUCCAGAGCUAAUGGAGUUUAUGGGCAGGCGCCCAAUUCUGGGUACCCAACACCUCCCAGUGCCGGAAUUUUCUCUCCGGUGUCUGCACAGAAGAAGGCGAACGGAACAGGUGGUGGAAAAGACCUUCACAUGUUUGUUUGGAGCUCAAGCGCUUCCCCGGUGUCUGUGUCCCAAGGAGGGAUUCAUGUCUUCAGGGCAGGAGAUUAUAUGGGGAAUAAUGAUCUUAGUGGGGUGGCUCACCCAAGAGGUAAUGAUGAAUUUGGCGGAGAUGAGUUUAGUUUGGGAAAUGAAACGGUCCCUGAAAGGGAUGGGCCAGUGCCCUCCAAGCUCGUUUCAAGCUCCAUGGCUGAGCUGCAUCCCAGGACUGUUGUUAAUCACGGGGAACCCAAGCCGACUUCCAUGCCGCCUGCCAGUGUUGUGACUAGACUCAUUCUGAUUAUGGUGUGGAGAAAACUCAUUAGGAAUCCAAAUACUUAUUCCAGCCUCUUUGGUCUCACUUGGUCAUUGGUCUCAUUCAAGUGGAACAUUGUUAUGCCUGCAAUAAUGGCAAAAUCAAUAUCUAUUCUAUCUGAUGCUGGUCUCGGAAUGGCCAUGUUUAGUCUUGGUUUGUUCAUGGCAUUACAGCCUAAAAUCAUUGCUUGCGGGAACUCAGUUGCUGCCUUUACCAUGGCUGUUCGAUUCCUCACGGGUCCGGCUGUCAUGGCUGCCGCCUCAAUUGCUGUUGGACUACGAGGGGUUUUCUUGCAUAUUGCAAUUGUUCAGGCAGCUCUUCCACAAGGAAUUGUCCCUUUUGUCUUUGCCAAGGAAUACGAUGUUCAUCCUGACAUACUGAGCACCGGGGUCAUAUUUGGAAUGUUAAUCGCUCUGCCUAUUACUUUAGUUUACUACAUUUUGCUGAGGCUCUGAAAGGUAAAGCAGUACAGUAAAGGCGCCAAGACUAGACUAGUCACUGUCACACACAAUUAAUAAUACUACAUUAAUUUGACCAUGUUGUUAAGGGCUUGCUUUUAAUUCAAACUCAACAACAUACAAUUUCAUACCCUUCAGUAGCUAGCUAGCUAGCUAGAGAUGAAGAAAAUUAAGAUGGUAGAGAGAGGAAAUUGAAGGAGUUGAAGAUAAGGCUAAUAGAUCCAGAGAGAAGUAUGAGUUCAAUGUUAGUCUCUUUGGAACCUUUUUGCUCUUUAUGUCUUUUGAUAAUGAAGUUCUUGUAUGUAGUUUUUUUUGUAGACGUCGAAAAAGAUUGAUCCUAUAUAUAUAUCUAUAUCUCUUCCUAA